CACAUUGGCUAGCGUCCUUUAUGCACUCUCUCAUAUCCCUCAUUGUCCUGUCGCAGCCAUGUAGUCUCGAGCGUUCGCCCAGCCUUUUGCUGCUCGCUGCUGACUUGCCCCGUCUGUCCUUCGUUCCGCAGCCGGGCUGCUGUUGCUAAUACUCGACUUUCGUUGACUUUCGCUUCUCAUUCUCUUCGACCCCUCUGGCACCGGUCCUAGCUGGCUUAGGACUUCUUUUAUUCGACCCCUCUUUCCAUCUUGACGCGGGCCGACUUGAUAUGUUGUGGGUGGGAACUCGUUGACCGGCAGGAUUGAGAGGGCCUAGUGGGCCCACGCCCCGAACAUUCAACAUGCCGGUUCCAAGGCUUCAAAGAAGGGUGGACGAGGUCAAAUAUGUUGUUGUGGAGAGGACCGAGGAGGACGAGACACAAGAGGUGGAACGAUUGGGCGUGGCAGCGACCGCAACCCCGACCAACUUCGUCAGCCCUCGGCAGGAUCCCGCGCAGGCACAGCCUACUGUUUUACAGAUUCGGGACGACGAUAGUGAUAGUGAGGGCAAGGGACCACCAGAAGUGUGGACACUUACUGUGAUGGGCGCGCAAUCAACGGGAGGAGCACUCGCUGCAAACGAACCCACCGCAACAGUGGUCGUUGCAAUCCCCCCGCCGCCUCGCGAUGGAGACAGGGGUGGAAAGCCUGACGGGGGUUCACAGAAAGGCGGUAUUUCGCAGACAACUGAGCACCUGCUCAUUGCAGCUGGAUCGAUUGGUGCUACUAUCAUUCUUGUCAUGAUCGUGCUGGCUAUUUAUACUAUGCGCAAACGGGGUCUGACGCUCGCUCAAGCCAUCAAGCAAGGAAAACAUCAAGUCACUCGGCGCGGCCCUCCGCCGCCACCCAAGUACCAACCAACUUGGGAUGCAAAGCAAUCUUUUAGCAACGAUUACGGUGCUCUGAGGAGAAACACAGUUACCCCUCCGCAAGCGGCAAUGGCUCGUUCUGGUUCUCUCUCAUCUCAGAGGGGUCCCAUUGCUCUUGGUCGUAGCGACAGCUUCAACCUACAGAACACGAAAUCUGUCGAUGGCCAAGGAUCAACAUUCCUCCUCGAAUCCCCACCUCCGCCUCGCCGCAACAACUCUAACCGAAGCGGUCCCACCAGCAUCACACCGUCAUCCGCUGUCCUUGGUCAGGACUCAAGACGUAGUGUCUCCACUCAGAACACUCGCUCGGUCGAUGAGAACGCCUCCGAACUCAUAUACAACGAUGUCCCCCAAGAACGGAUCGCAUCUCCUCUACCUCCUCCACCGACAUUCAAGCAAUUCCUCAACAACAGACCAUCCAUUUCUGGAAAGGCAGGCUUCGGUGGCAUGAUGAGCAGAUUCAGCUGGACGAACUCCAACGCACCACAGACACCGAAAGCCACCACUUCACAAGAUCCCUACCAAGGCGGUCGCGAGAGCUACAUGACCUCGCGCUCUUCUGUCCCACGCUUCCGCACCGUCGACUCUUGGGUCAACCAACAAACAAACCGCAUCGAAGCACAAAAGCUUAAAGAGCAAUUCCGCCUCACCUCUACAUCGACCGUGUACUCGCAAGACGAGGAAGCCGACCACGUUCCCGAAGUCCCCGCGAUGCCCAAGAACGUCGAGCGCCUCCGCGAGAGCUCCGCGCCGAUGAGCGCAUCGCUGCCUCUGCGCGCGCCCGCCACACCCCCGCUGCCGCCCUCUAUGGGUCUUCCGGGCAAGAACAUCAAGCACGAGCGCCACGAUACCCGCACCACUGUGGACACAGCGCCAAUUUUCAAACAGCACCCCGGCAACGAGGUCCGCUUCAGCACACGCAGCACCGUGCCCUCGGAGAUCCUGGACCGCGGCCGCCCCAACAACGUACUCUCAUGAGCGUAAUGCCAUGCCUUUUCCUUCUUGUUUGCUUCGAAUCGAGUACCCCAUUUAUCGCGUUAGCAUUUGCAUUUGAGUGCGGC